UGAUUAUGGAGUGUGUAUUUAAGAGGAGAGAAAUCUCUUAUGAUAGAACUGUUGCAAAAGUGUCCAGUUGUCAGCUAUAAAUAAUAGUUCCAAAUCUCUCCAGAGUAGCGCUAGAGUAGCUAAGAACCUAGGCGUUAUUGACGGAGUGAAUUGCGCUGUCUAUGAUUUUAUUUUUUUCGUUCAAGUAUUGUAGCGCCACCUAUUUAAGGUUUUUUGAUGACACCUUUUGGUAUAUGGAGAUUUCUUUCCUUACCUCCACCUUCCAUAGUUGUACUGUUGUAUUCACUUUUUCUCCUGUUUGAUAUUUAAGCUGUGCCAGUAUUAGUCAAACACAUUAGUGUCAAAUUGUCUAUCAAAUUACCUUAAAAAUCACCUGACAUUUGUGAUAAUAUUUGCUUUGAAAAUAAAAUGUUUCAAAAAAAUUAGCCAUGGAAAAGGAAGAGAGUCAAGCUAAAGCGGAAAGCGUAAACAAACCUCGCUUUUCGGUAGAAAAUAUUAUACGAUACACUUUACUUGGUCUUAUUGCUCUCUCCCUCGGCUAUCUCCACUACCUCUACGUCUCAACACUCUUCGAGAAUGACCGUAACUUCUCUCACCUCUCUACAAUGGAACGAGAGAUCUCACUCCGGACCGAGAUGGGCUUCUACUACUCGUACUACAAGACCAUAGUGGAAGAGAGACCGUUCAUAGCUGGAGUGUCUAAACUCAUGUAUGACCGGCUUGUCGAGUUCCCCAAGGAGGUUAAUGCAUUUAACAGAUUCAACAUCGCUCCGGAGGUCCUGAUUGGUGCAAUGUACCGCUAUCUAGAACCAUGGCUGAAUACCUCUACAUAUCGGCAGUGUCACUUAGUGUACCGCGGCGACGAAGUAGAGCCAGUCCAAAGUUGUGUGGGUCUUGGAGAGCCCAUGCUAUUCUACUUGGAGGCUGUUUGGUGGUUGGCUGGGUUGAUGGUCGCAGCUCUGUUUCUCUCAGCGUAUAGCUUGAGUAAUAGCGUGCUAGGCGGGCUGCUAGCCGUCGCGCAGUACUUCGCGAACCAUGUUGAGUGUACUCGGGUACAGUGGGCGCCAAAUGAACGUGAAAACAUGGCGGCCCCAUUACUUCUGCUGCAGAUGGGCCUAGUGGCAACGCAGUUGCGGAAUGGUCGCACGUACUGUCGUUUACAGGUGUCAAUCUUCAUCGUCAACUGCCUCUGUCUGCUCUUCUGGCAGUUCUCCCAAUUCAUAUUCCUCACCCAAACAGCCAUCUUCUUCCUAAUGGAACAACUCAAAAUUAUCGACCUUAAGGUCCUUUGUAUGUUCCUCCACUCACACUUCUGUGGUCUGCAUAUGGCCGUCUUACUGCUGCAAGGGAAUGAUAUGCUAAAAACAUCGUUGUAUACUUCUUUCUUCUUAGUUGUAUCUAUUUAUUGUUUAUUUUUUAGCUCGUUCAGAAUAAAAGUCCAGAAUAGAUUAGAUUUAUUUGUAGAAUCAUGGCUAGUACUUUUAAGAUUAUUAAUAGUUAUUACUUCUUCGUUUUAUUUAAAGCAUUUGAUAAGCGAUUUUCUUGAAAUACAAGAUGAUACUCAUGUUUGGGAUAUAUUGUAUUCUAAAUUUACUAGUUAUAAAAACUUUCAUACUUUGAUAUAUACUUGUUCUGAAGCGUUUGAUUUUUUGCCAAUAAGUUCUGUUGUAAAUAUGACUAAAACAUGUCUAAUACCAAUGGUUGUGUUUGGUGUGUGUGUCCGUGUGUAUUCGUGGUUUGUAGAAGAGAAGAAGACUGUGAAAAAGGAAGUUCUAGAAGAUGAAGAUAGCGGGAUAGAGAAUAAUGCUGAUAGUAAAGAAAAGAACGACGUAGAAAUAGACAUGACUGACUCCACAGUGCGAUAUCUGCGGCGGCUCAAAAUUGAGCCAGCAGUGGUUUACCAAGUGGCUCAAUUGUGCGUGUUCGCCAUCCUAGCAGCGCUAGUCAUGCGGCUCAAACUGCUGCUGGGCAUGCAGCUGUGCGUCGUGAGCGCGCUCGCUGUCAACGCUAACCACAAGGUGCCUCCGUCGGUGCAGAAGUACUUGCCCCUCUGUUGGGUGGCGGGCUUCGCUGCGCUCGCGCACCGCCUCAGCGUGAACAUGGGCGCUGAAAUGUCGCAUAUAGGUGAAUUCAGCGAUUUCCAACAAGAAGAACUCCUCAACUGGAUCUCAAAAGAAACUGGAGCAAAAGCAGCUUUCGCGGGAUCCAUGCCCAUUCUGGCUACCGUCAUGCUAGUCACGCGGCGGCCCAUAGUGGCGCACCCACACUACGAGAAUAAGGAGGCGAGAGCCCGCGCCUACGCCGUGUACAAAACGUACGGAAAAUUCACAACUGAAGAGCUGUACAAAGAACUGACAGCUCUCAAGGCCAUCUACCUUAUCGUCGAGAACAAGUACUGCUAUGGCAGAAGUCGGAAAGGCUGCUCAUUCGAGGAGAUCUGGGAGUCUGAGUUCCCCGGGCGGGGCGGGCCGCGCGCCUGCCACGCGCUGCUGGCGCGCGCCGCCGACCACUUCUACCCCGUGUUCCGGAACAACCACUACGCCGUGUUCCGGCUGCACGACUACAGUGUCAGUCUGCCACGCGCUGCUGGCGCGCGCCGCCGACCACUUCUACCCCGUGUUCCGAAACAACCACUACGCCGUGUUCCGGCUGCACGACUACAGUUCUGCCACGCGCUGCUGGCGCGCGCCGCCGACCACUUCUACCCCGUGUUCCGAAACAACCACUACGCCGUGUUCCGGCUGCACGACUACAGUACCUAUCUAACUAUAGUCUGCCACGCGCUGCUGGCGCGCGCCGCCGACCACUUCUACCCCGUGUUCCGAAACAACCACUACGCCGUGUUCCGGCUGCACGACUACAGUACCUAUCUAACUAUAGUCUGCCACGCGCUGCUGGCGCGCGCCGCCGACCACUUCUACCCCGUGUUCCGAAACAACCACUACGCCGUGUUCCGGCUGCACGACUACAGUACCUAUCUAACUAUAGUCUGCCACGCGCUGCUGGCGCGCGCCGCCGACCACUUCUACCCCGUGUUCCGAAACAACCACUACGCCGUGUUCCGGCUGCACGACUACAGUACCUAUCUAACUAUAGUCUGCCACGCGCUGCUGGCGCGCGCCGCCGACCACUUCUACCCCGUGUUCCGAAACAACCACUACGCCGUGUUCCGGCUGCACGACUACAGUACCUAUCUAACUAUAGUCUGCCACGCGCUGCUGGCGCGCGCCGCCGACCACUUCUACCCCGUGUUCCGAAACAACCACUACGCCGUGUUCCGGCUGCACGACUACAGUACCUAUCUAACUAUAGUCUGCCACGCGCUGCUGGCGCGCGCCGCCGACCACUUCUACCCCGUGUUCCGAAACAACCACUACGCCGUGUUCCGGCUGCACGACUACAGUACCUAUCUAACUAUAGUCUGCCACGCGCUGCUGGCGCGCGCCGCCGACCACUUCUACCCCGUGUUCCGAAACAACCACUACGCCGUGUUCCGGCUGCACGACUACAGUACCUAUCUAACUAUAGUCUGCCACGCGCUGCUGGCGCGCGCCGCCGACCACUUCUACCCCGUGUUCCGAAACAACCACUACGCCGUGUUCCGGCUGCACGACUACAGUACCUAUCUAACUAUAGUCUACCACGCGCUGCUGGCGCGCGCCGCCGACCACUUCUACCCCGUGUUCCGAAACAACCACUACGCCGUGUUCCGGCUGCACGACUACAGUACCUAUCUAACUAUAGUCUGCCACGCGCUGCUGGCGCGCGCCGCCGACCACUUCUACCCCGUGUUCCGAAACAACCACUACGCCGUGUUCCGGCUGCACGACUACAGUACCUAUCUAACUAUAGUCUGCCACGCGCUGCUGGCGCGCGCCGCCGACCACUUCUACCCCGUGUUCCGAAACAACCACUACGCCGUGUUCCGGCUGCACGACUACAGUACCUAUCUAACUAUAGUCUGCCACGCGCUGCUGGCGCGCGCCGCCGACCACUUCUACCCCGUGUUCCGGAACAACCACUACGCCGUGUUCCGGCUGCACGACUACAGUACCUAUCUAACUAUAGUCUGCCACGCGCUGCUGGCGCGCGCCGCCGACCACUUCUACCCCGUGUUCCGGAACAACCACUACGCCGUGUUCCGGCUGCACGACUACAGUGUCAGGUAG